AUGCGCCUCGCUGGCGGAGCCGGCUCCCCACCGGCGGCGGCCUCGCCCGGGAACGACAGCCGGUGGCGGCCGGCGGAACCCGGCGACGGCAGCAGCCCCAGCCCCGAGGCGUGGUCGAGGUCACCCAACGGCAGCCUGGGUGGCUGGGACCCCUUCGGGCGGGACGAGGAGUUGGCAAAGCUGGAGAUCGCCGUGCUGGCCGUCACCUUUGCCGUGGCGGUGGUGGGCAACGGCAGCGUGCUGCUGGCCCUGCGGCGCACGCCGCGCAAGGCGUCCCGCAUGCACCUCUUCAUCCGCCACCUCAGCCUGGCCGACCUGGUGGUGGCCUUCUUCCAGGUGCUGCCCCAGCUGUGCUGGGAGGUGACCCACCGCUUCCACGGCCCCGACGGGCUCUGCCGCGUCGUCAAGCACCUGCAGGUCUUUGGCAUGUUCGCCUCGGCGUACAUGCUGGUGGCCAUGACCGCCGACCGCUACAUCGCCGUCUGUCACCCACUGAAAACUCUGCAGCAGCCCACCAAACGCUCCUAUGGGAUGAUCGCGGCGGCCUGGGUGCUCAGCCUGCUGCUCAGCACCCCGCAGUACUUCAUCUUCUCCCUCAGCGAGGUGGAGCGAGGCUCACAGGUCUACGACUGCUGGGCACACUUCAUCAUGCCCUGGGGGCCCCGCGCUUACAUCACUUGGAUCACCGGCGGCAUUUUCGUCGCGCCUGUCCUCAUCCUCGUCACCUGCUACGGCUUCAUCUGCUACCACAUCUGGCGCAAUGUCAGGGGCAAGACGCGCCCGGGGGAGGAGGCGGGUGGCGGGCGGCGGGCGGGCGGCGGCGGCCCGCAGAGUGGGCUGCUUCUUGCCCCCUGUGUUGUCAGCAGCGUCAAGACCAUCUCCCGCGCCAAGAUCCGCACCGUCAAGAUGACCUUUGUCAUCGUUUCGGCAUACGUCGUCUGCUGGGCGCCCUUCUUCACCAUCCAGAUGUGGUCUGUCUGGGACCAGCGCUUUUCCUGGGUCGAUUCUGAAAACACUGCGACUACCGUCACAGCUCUGUUGGCCAGUCUGAACAGCUGCUGUAACCCAUGGAUCUACAUGUUCUUUAGUGGGCAUCUCCUGCAAGACUGCAUACAGAGCUUUCCUUGCUGCCAAAAAAUCAGGCAAACACUGAGUAAAGAAGAUUCAAACAGCAACAGCAGGCGACAGACUUCUUUUACCAAUCACAGAAGCCCAAUCCACAGCCUGAAUACCUGGAGAGAGUCUCCCCACUCCAACUCAACCAGCUUCAUCCCUGUUCCAACCUGAGACACACCCAGGGCAGGCAGGGCUUGCUGCCCCAAAACGGCACUUGGAAAGGUUAAGGCACAGAACUUUAUGCUGGUCAUAGGUGC